AAAUAUCAUAUUGGUAGGUUUUUCUAGGAUGACCGUUACUUCUUUUGUGGAGAGGGGAAGAGAGACCACAAUUCAGUCAUAGCCCAUGUUUAUCGUCACUCGAUUUUCCCGCCAAAUUCGACAGUCACACUCCGCCGCCGUCACGCUCUCGACGCGUCGCCUCUCCUCUUCAGCCCCUCCCUCUCCCUCUUCCAGGCUCCUCGACCACUACUCCUUCAAGUCCCCUGUCUCCCCCUUCCAAAACCCUAACCCUAAUCCUGAACCCUCUACCAAGAAGAAGCAAAAGCCGCCGUAUCGGCCGCCGUCGUCGCUCGAUCGGACAGGGAAGAAGCCGUUGCGCUCCGAUUUACCCUUCGAUUUUCGGUACAGUUACACUGAGAGCAGCCCGGCGGUGCGGCCGAUUGGGCUCCGGGAGCCGAAGUAUUCGCCAUUCGGACCGGGAUUGCUUGACCGGGAAUGGACCGGAGUUUGCGCGCCGGCGGUGGACCCGAAGGUGAGGUCGGUGGAUGGGAAGGAGGAUCCAAAGUUGGAGGAGAAGAGGAGGAGGAUGAGAGAGAAGACUCUUGGUGAGCCGCUUACGGCGGCGGAGAGGAAGAUUUUGGUGGAGAAGUGCCAACGGCAUAGAACUAAGAGGCAAAUUAAUCUGGGGAGAGAUGGUUUAACUCACAACAUGCUUAAUGAUAUUCAUAAUCAUUGGAAACAUGCUGAGGCAGUCAGGAUAAAGUGUAUGGGUGUCCCCACUGUUGACAUGAAAAAUGUGUGCACCCAACUCGAGGAUAAAACAAGUGGAAAGGUAAUCCACAGACAGGGUGGUCUACUUGUAUUGUAUAGAGGCAGGAAUUAUCAUCCCAAGAAGAGGCCUGUGAUUCCAUUAAUGCUAUGGAGGCCCCAUGAGCCCAUAUAUCCCAGGCUGAUAAAAACUGUUAUUGAUGGCUUAAGCAUUGAGGAGACAAAGGAAAUGAGAAAGAGAGGAUUGGCUGUUCCUGCUUUAACGAAACUUGGUAUGGUAUUGUCUCUUUGUUUAUUUUUUUAUUUAAUUUUUAUUUCAUAAGAGUUAAACUAGUGCAUCUUUCUGUGUAUUGAUUAUCUCUAAUACUUAGUUCUGGCUGGUGUUGUUUCUAUCCAAUAUGAUGCAACUGCAGCCAAAAAUGGUUAUUAUGGUAGUCUUGUGCCCAUGGUCCGAGAUGCUUUUCUCACCGAUGAGCUGAUUCGGAUAGAUUGUCAGGGCCUUGAAAGGAGAGACUACAAGAAGAUAGGCUGCAAACUUCGGGUAAAA